AUGGCAGCUCUCCGACCAUCCUCCCGUCGCCUCCUCUCCUCCGCCGUCUGCGAGACCCAGUCCUUCCUCAUCCCCCAGAAACGCCGCUUCGCCACCACAAUCAACGAUCCCCUCUCGCCCCCCUCGAACACCUCCGCGAGACCCGCAACAUCCUUCUCCGACCGACUCAACACUGGUCCCUCCUUUGCCGACUUCGUCUCGCCCAAGCAGGAUGAGCCCACCACCCCCGAAGAAGCGCUCGAACUCCGCACAGUGCAAGUAGGCCCAGCAGGCCGCAAGCGCUCCCACACUCGCCUUCCCGAGUGGCUCAAGACCCCCAUACCCGCCAACGAUAACUACAAGCGCAUCAAGAACGACCUCCGCGGCCUGAACCUCCACACUGUCUGCGAAGAGGCACGAUGUCCCAACAUAAGUGACUGCUGGGGCGGGAGUAACAAAGCCGCCGCUACGGCUACUAUCAUGCUUAUGGGCGACACUUGCACGCGCGGGUGCCGGUUUUGUUCCGUCAAGACGUCGAACAAGCCUCCUCCGCUGGACCCUCACGAGCCAGAGAACACGGCAGAAGCGCUGAGUAGAUGGGGCCUAGGCUACGUCGUCCUCACGAGCGUCGACCGCGACGACAUCGCCGACGGCGGCGCUCGACACUUUGCAGAGACAAUCAUCAAGAUCAAGCAAAAAGCUCCCACCAUGCUCGUCGAGGCCCUGACAGGCGACUACGCAGGCGACCUGGACGCCGUAUCCCUCGUAGCCAAAAGUGGAUUGGACGUGUACGCCCAUAACGUCGAGACGACCGAAGAGCUCACCCCCUCCGUCCGCGACCGCCGAGCGAAAUUCCAGCAAUCCCUCGCCGUGCUCCGCGCAGCCAAACGCGCACAGCCCUCCCUCAUCACCAAGACAAGCAUAAUGCUCGGCUUAGGGGAGACAGAAGACGCGCUCUGGCGUACCUUACGAGAUCUACGAGAAGCGGAAGUGGACGUCGUGACGUUUGGACAGUACAUGCGGCCUACGAAACGACACAUGAAGGUUGAGGAAUAUGUUACGCCGGAGACGUUUGAACUGUGGAGGCAGAGAGCGCUGGAUUUGGGAUUUUUGUAUUGCGCGAGUGGGCCGCUGGUGAGGAGUAGUUACAAGGCGGGGGAGGCGUUUAUUGAGAAUGUGUUGAAGAAGCGGGCGAGGAGGAGUGAGUUGGUGGGCGCGGAGGCGAUGAUGAAGGGUAGUGAGAAGAUGACAUAG